CUCUGUUACAUCGCCGAACAAUAUCGUCUGCUAGAGUGCUAGACAUUGGAACUUGGAAGGGCGCCAAGAGGAUGGUCGAUAGGUUUUACUUGCCCUCGUUUGACAAAAAAUAGAUAAAUAUGAAAUAUAUUGUUUAGUUAUUCUCAACUGUGAAGUAGUUAUUGCAGAGUUUCUUGUGCAGCAAUGGAUUUUAUUGUAGAGCAAGUUUUCUCUCAAAUGGGGAUGUAGCAGAUUUAUGGAAAUGGAACUGUGGAUUGGUGUGUAAUAACACGUGGCGUUUAAACAUCGGUAAAGGGGAAAAAUUGAUCUCUGAGGGGUCCUGCAUGUAACCUGCAUGUAACACAUCUCAAGCUUCUCGUUCUCUGAAGUGUGUGGCACACUGGUGGUUGCAUUGGAAGCCUGCAUAGGAGCAAUACCUAAUCACACUUGCAGUACAUCUCACACAUCAAUCGUUACCAGCCUCCUCAAAACAAAGGAUUCACUGUUGAAAUCUGUGAUAGCUGUGUGGGCGGAGACGUAUUCGAUGCCUUUUUAGGAUGUCGCAUCCCAACCAUCCAACAGGUGAAAUAGCGCUCAUUGUUGUUUAGACAGCUGUGAAAAAUGUCGCAUCCCAACCACCCAACAGAUUCUAUCGAUCUAUACAUGUUCGCCCACACACUACGUCAUUGCAGAUGAUUGAAAUGGGUAUAAAUAGCGUUGUCUAAUGUUACCUGAAUUAUCGACGAGACCUCCAUAUCAUCAUGCGCCAAAUUCUUCUCCUCACGUUGGUUUUGUGUGGUCUGUUCCUGGGUGGAAUAUGUGGCAAAGACGAGGAAGCUGGCGAUGAACAAGUCGACCAAAUUGUCAGCCAAUGGGUCGUCCCCAACAAUCGCGUUUACCCGUUCAUGGUAUAUUUUACAAAGUUCAAUCGCAUGCUUCGCAAACACGUGUUCUCCUGCGCUGGAACUUUGAUAACGUCGCAAAAAGUCUUGACAUCAGCUUCUUGCUUUGAAGGGAUUCAAUCUGGUGUUGGAUUUGCACCGACACAGUAUACACCAAUUGCAUGGCUUGCCUCGGCAGAGGUGGGAGGGCCCUCUGCAAUUUCUCGCUCUGUCAUCACUGUCUACAAACACCCCCAAUACGAUCCAGCAUCCAACGGUAAUCACGACAAUAUUGCCGUAGUUUUACUGCAAACGGAAGUCCUCCCCACAUCUGCCACACCGGCUAAGUUGGGAUACACUUUGCAACCGAAGGUGGGUGUGCCCAACCAACUACUAGCAGUCGGCUGGGGUUAUGCAGGAGGAAUGGUUUCGACAAAACUUCUUCAUAGUUACAUGAACUUGAUUCCAGAUUAUGAUUGCCAAAAGGUUUUCGGUACCGUCGACAAUAUCAAUACUAUCUGUCUAGCGUACCCAGACGCUGGUGCCUGUACCUAUGACUUGGGGAGUCCGAUCCUAUCUAAUGACCAAAAGCAAGUAAUUGGUGUCAUCGGCAAAAACAUGCGCUGCGGGGGAGGUGAACCGAUUGUCGCCGUUGACAUCCGUCGCUACCGUAAUUGGUCCCCGAUGCCUUAUCAGUAGAAUGAAAUGUCUUUACUUACUAACCGAUGCGGUGCGUAUAAUCGAAAAAGUAAAAGACUUGUUUUCAUUCCAUGCAUGCUGAUUGAAUUCGUCCGACGUUAAUUUCAAUUAUUCUAUGCAUGAAGUAGACCUUUCAAUAGAUAAAAUACAGCAACCUAAUCAAAACA